AUGGAUGCACCUACUCAAGCUAUUCUCUCCGCUUUCUCUAUUGUUCUUGGACAUGGGAUUGGUGACCGACAAGCUGCUGAACAAAGUCUGACUGCAUUGGAAGUUCUCGAAGACUACCCAAUCAAAGUAGCAAAUAUAUUUUUAAAUGAUCAACUUUGUGUUGAAUUACGUCAGUUGGCUGGUAUUACAUUAAAGAAUUAUGUAGCUGUACAUUGGAGUGAAACAUCUUGCAUGUCGUUUAAACCACCAGAAACAUGUGAUAAUGCAAAAUCCCUUAUUCGAUCUGGAAUGUUACAGUUGUUAACUUCACCUCAUCGAUCAAUUCGUGUGACAGCUGCUCAUACAAUCACUUUGAUCGCUCAACAUGAUUGGCCAGAAAUGUGGCCAGAUUUAUUUAAUCAACUUAUUACAUUAAUUCGACAAUCAUGUGUGAAUAAUAAUAAUGAUAUCAAUAAGAAUACAGUACAUGGAGUUUUACGUGUAUUAACUGAGGUUAGUUCUGAUCUAUCUGACCUUGACUUGCCUGUAGUUGGUCCAUUUAUUAUGCCUGAACUAUUGCGAAUAUAUUCAGAUAAACAGACAUAUGAUCAGUCUACACGGCGGCGUGCUGUUAUCACAAUUGAUAACCUCUUAAAUAUUGCUGUUAUGUGCCAAAAUGAGGAUAUUUUAAAUGACUUUGUUAAUCGUUAUAUUUGUCCAUCCUUGGGAGCAAUUAUUAGUGAUCUAACUACUUAUGAUGGAAAUUCAACAAUAUCACAAGUAUCACUUAAAGGUGAACUUAUACAACUUUUAAUUACACUUUGCGUUGAAAAUCGUAAAUUUUUCUCGAAUUUUCCUGGUUAUAAUAUAUCACAAAUGAUUAAUAUAGUGUUGAAUUUGGUUAUAUCCUGUGUUAAACAAUAUACUGAAUUGCAAAUUGCUUCAAACUCUUCAAAUGAAAAAGAAGAAGAAUAUGAUUCUGAUGGUGAAAUAUUGGAUUAUGAUACAUUUGUUUAUAGUAUUUUACAAUGUUUAACUAGUCUUAUUUCAUCAAAAUCCAGAAAAUCUAUGAUAAAGUAUCUUGAUGAGUUAUGCUCUCAAUUAUGUCAACUUGUUCAACUACCAGAAAAAACACUGGAAAUUUGGUCCAACAGUAUCGCUGAAUAUGUCGUUGAUUCUGAAGAAUUUCUUGGUUAUUCCGUUCGUUUAGUUACUAUGGAUUUAAUUAAGAAAAUUGCAUCUAAAGUUCACAAUGGAGCUCAAUUUAUUAAUUGUGCAAUUAAUAAAAUGUUAAUACUUUCAGAAAGUUUGCACAACGAAGGUGUUGUUUAUUGGUGGAAAUUACUUGAAGCCUGUCUUUAUAUCAGUGGUAAUUUAGCUUCAAAUUCUAUCAAUAUUUCAUUCGAUGUAUUUUAUACACAUUAUUUAAAACCAAGUUUAGGACAAAGUGAUUUUCCAUUUCUGCAAGCAACAGCACUUCGUUGUAUGUCUCAUUUAUAUGAAGCUAAUAUUCUUAAUGAAACUCAAGCACAAUGCUUUCCAAGUCUACUUUCGAACGCAAUGUCUGCUACACAAUCAUCGAUAUUGAAAAUUUCUGCUAUGCAUUCACUUGACACUCUUCGUGCAAAUGAAAACAACAUAAAGAAGCCAAUGGAGACUAAUACAACAGCGUUUGUCGCAUCGUCAUCUGUAUUUAUUACGAAUUAUAUUGUACCGCAUUUGCCUAAUUUAAUAUCGAAUUUAUUGGAGUGUUUAUCUACAUUCGGUGAACCGGUUUUAGAUGUUGGUCUAUGUGGAUUAUAUAAAUUGUUAUGUGUUGAUUUAAAUCAAUUUACUCAAUCGAUUAUUACACAAAUAAUUCCUAUUAUGGUAGGAUUAUUUAAGCACUGUUUCGGUGUCGCUACAACACUUUCGUAUUACACAAGAAUAAUCCGUGUUCUCUAUAAAGUUGCCAGUUCAAAUAAAGAGUCAAUUGAAGCCAUUGAAAAUGCACUUCUACCUACUUUAAUUACUUAUUUAGAAAAUCAUGAAGUAUCAGAAGUGGAGAUAUUGAAUAUACUGUAUUUAAUGUCACAAUGGUUUUGUUCUGUGGUUAUAGGCAGCCUUGAAAGUAUUCAGUGUGUUGAUCAGUCCAUCAGAUUCGGAAUUAGUUCCAAUUUGAUCCACCGAGUAUUUCCAGCUGUUGUACAUAUCGCUAUCACAAGUACAGAUGCUGUAGUGAUUUCAGAAUGCUGUGAUGUGAUACGCUGUUAUUUAGCAGCCGGUUCUUCACAAAUUCUUGAAUGGCAUGAUGAUGAAGGCAAUAAUGGAGUUGGUUAUAUACUCCAUGUAACUUCUCGUUUACUAGAUCCCUCGAACCCAGUUGAAUGGGCUACACCAGCUGGCAAAUUAGCUUAUGCUAUUCUACUUCAUUUCGAUGCUCAGCAGUUGAGAGAGAAUACAGAUUUGUUAUUACGUGGUGUACUAGCUCGUCUGUGUACAUUAAUCGGCAAUAAUCACAAACAAUCUUCACAGUUAGUAUAUAAUGAUCAACAAAAGGGUAUUCAUGGAGCUAGACAAAGCUUACUCUUUGUCAUUAUCUUGUUGUUUCGUAUACGAACUAAAUUGGCUAUCGAUUUCUUGUCAACUAUACCAGACUUAUCCGGAAAACCUAUACUAAAAGAAAUAUUAUCAAUAUGGUGUAAUUGUCAACCGUAUUAUUUUUCACGUUAUGAAAUUCAAGUUAGUACUAUGGCAUUGGCUAAUUUGAUACUGCACACAAUCAAUACAAAGAUGAACGUAUUAUGCAAAUAA